AUCGCCCGCUUUCAGAGCGUUCUCCGCCUGCCCUGAAUAGAGCUGGUCCGUGCGCUUGAUGGAACGUUCCCCUUCAUGUUACCGGGAGCGUUGGCCGUGGGGGUCUCUCAUAGCACGGCGACCAUGUCCUCAGGGGGGCCCUGCGGUUUGUAUGGGCUUCGGCUCAUGCACCGUCUCAAUAUUUCCCUGUCCCGCUUCGGCCCUCGGGCUGGGCGGGCCUU